AUGUCCGUCGCCCUCCCUAGCGCGCGUCGCACUCCCUUCCGCCGUCGCCCUCCCUUCCGCCCGUCGCACUCCCUAGCGCUCGUCGCAUCCCCUUCCGCCCGUCGCCCUCCCUUCCGCCCGUCGCCCUCCCUUCCGCCCGUCGCCCUCCCUUCCGCCCGUCGCCCUCCCUUCCGCCCGUCGCCCUCCCUUCGUCUCGUCGCCCUCCCUUCCUCUCAUUGUCCUCCCGACCGCCCGCCGCCCUACCUUCCCCUCGUCACGCUCCCUUCCGCCCAUUGCCCCCCUUUGUCUGGUCGCGCUCCCUGCUGCUCGUCGCCCUCCCUCCCGCUCGUCCCCUCGCAAUCCCCGUAUCUCUCUCCCCUCGUCGCCCUGGCAUCCCCGUCACUGUCGCCAUCCCUCCCUUCUCCCUUCCCAACUCCCACACUUGUCACGCCCCCUUUCCAACCCGCACACACCCUUCCUUUCCCUUUCCCUGCUUUCCCAUGUUCCUUUCCCUGCUUCCCCCCAUCCCCUUCCCUGCUACCCCCCAUCCCCUUCCCUACUUCCCCAUGUCCCUUUCCCUGCUUCCCCCCAUCCCCUACCCUUUUUCUCCCCAUCCCUUUCCCUGCUUCCCCCCAUCCCAUUCCCUGCCUUCCCCCAUCCCCCUUCCCUGCUUCCCCCCAUCCCAUUCCCUGCUUCCCCCCGUCCCCUUCCCUGCUUUCCCAUGUCCCCUUCCCUGCUUCCCCCCAUCCCCUUCCCUACUUCCCCCCAUCCCCUUCCCUGCUUCCCACCAUCCCCUUCCCUGCUUCCCCCCAUCCCCUUCCCUACUUCCCCAUGUCCCCUUCCCUGCUUCCCCCCAUCCCCUUCCCUGCUACCCCCCAUCCCCUUCCCUACUUCCCCAUAUCCCUUUCCCUGCUUCCCCCCAUCCCCUACCCUUUUUCUCCCCAUCCCUUUCCCUGCUUCCCCCCAUCCCAUUCCCUGCUUUCCCCCAUCCCCUUCCCUGCUUCCCCCCAUCCCAUUCCCUGCUUCCCCCCGUCCCCUUCCCUGCUUUCCCAUGUCCCCUUCCCUGCUUCCCCCCAUCCCCAUCCCUGCUUCCCCCCAUCCCAUUCCCUGCUUCCCCCCGUCCCCUUCCCUGCUUUCCCAUGUCCCUUUCCCUGCUUCCCCCCAUCCCCUUCCCUACUUCCCCCCAUCCCCUUCCCUGCUUCCCACCAUCCCCUUCCCUGCUUCCCCCCAUCCCCUUCCCUACUUCCCCAUGUCCCCUUCCCUUCUCAAGCCUUCCCUUCCCCAUCAACUCCUUUUCAUGCCCUCCCCUUCCCCCUUACUCCUCACCUUCUGCCCUCUACUUCCCAUGCAUGUGCACCCAUCUCUAUUUCCCCAUUCAUGCUUUCAUCAUGUGCGCUUGCUUGUAUUCCCCUGCCAUUGUUCCGUUGCACCUCACACCACCUCCCCCAUGUUUCUUCACGCAAUUCUUUCUUUCUUUCUCCCCUCUCUCAGUGGUUACGCUAA